AUGAAGGCUACACCCUUGAUCAUCAACUGGCAUGACCAAAAUUCUCCCAUAUAUAGUUGUGAUUGGGAGAAGACGGGAAAAGGGAGAUUAGCUACUGCAGGAGGGGAUGGGAACGUUAGGUUAUGGAAGAUAGAAUCCGAUGGAGAAGACCGCAAGGUUGAAUAUUUGGCUACUCUACAAAAACAUACACAAGCAGUCAACGUAGUAAGAUGGGCUCCAAAAGGAGAGCUACUAGCAUCUGCUGGAGACGAUGGAAAUGUCCUACUUUGGGUACCUAGCGAAGCUUCAAAUAUUACACCUGCAUUUGGAGGGGAUGGAUUUGAAGAAAAGGAAACAUGGCGGACGAAACAUAUGUGCAGAUCAUCGGGUGCUGAAAUAUAUGAUUUGGCUUGGUCUCCAGAUUCCGUUUACUUCAUAAUUGGGAGUAUGGACAAUGUUGCGAGGAUAUACAAUGCUCAAACUGGUCAAUUAAUCAGACAAAUCGCCGAGCAUCAACACUACGUUCAAGGUGUUGCAUGGGAUCCAUUAAAUGAAUAUAUCGCGACACAAUCUUCCGAUCGAUCCGUACAUAUUUAUACUUUGAGAACGAAAGAUGGGCAAUUCAGUCUCGAUAACAGGGAGGAACCGAAGAGGAUUGGGCAUAAUUUAAAGAUGGAUUUACCUGGAAGAAGGAUCUCCUCCAAUAGCCCAGCACCUCCCGAGCUUGGAUUUCGAUCACAAUUUCCACCAGAAACACCAAAUACAAUAGGUUCACCAGGACCAUCAUGCCCAGGUACACCAACUUCCAUGGCAUUACCAAUGAAUCCUCCUAGUGUUAUUAGUCAUAGCAGAAGAUCUUCAUUUGGUGCUUCUUCUCCAGCAAUGUCUAUGCGAAGAUCAGCUUCCCCUGCACCUUCUAUGCCAUUACCCGCCGUCAUGCCUAUGGAAGCAUCACCAAAACCAUAUUCGAUGAUUGGACUUGGAGUUAAAAAUGCGCAUAUCUACGCUAAUGAAACUCUCAAGUCAUUUUUUCGCAGGUUAGCAUUCACACCCGAUGGUAGUCUUCUUUUCACACCAGCCGGUCAAUAUCAAACACAGCACAAAGGAUCAGAAGAUGGUGCGAAGAUGAUGUAUGAAGUGAUAAAUACGGUAUAUAUCUAUACAAGAGGUGGAAUUAACAAACCUCCUGUCGCACAUUUACCUGGACAUAAGAAACCUUCUGUGGCCGUCAAAUGCUCACCAAUUUACUACACAACACGAAAAGCUCCCCCGCCAGCUACAAAACAUAUCAGUAUUGAUACAUCAUCAGCUGAUGACACAAUGGCAGCGUUGCCAGAGCCAGCGAUGGUUACUAAAUCACCAUCUCAUGCAUCAAUGGACCCACCUCCACUUGUAUCACAAAGUAGUGAUUCGCCAAGACCUGGUUCUUCAUCCAAACUAAAGAAUUUAGAGGUCGAAACAAGCGUAACUUCUCAGGGUCCAACAAUGGCAUUUUCUUUGCCUUAUCGUAUGGUUUAUGCUGUUGCCACAGAGGAUUCAGUUUUAUUGUCAUCUGAUGGAACUACAUUAUUGAUGACAUCUUCGGAUGGUUUCUGCUCAACAUUAACUUUUACACCGGGUGAACUUGGACAAAUUUAUGAUGAAGAAAUCCCAACUGCAAAACGUUCACUCGUAAGUGGUUCGGCUGUCUCAUCAACACAAAAUACUCCCAUGGCAACACCAACAGCUGGUAUUGCACCUCCAUCACCAUUUCCAAUCUCAAAUAAUCAUCAUCGUACAUCAUCAAAUCCUAUGGUUGCACCAUCACCUCCUCCUGCUCCUGUCACAACUUUCCGACCUUCCUCACCUACUCGGUCAAAUUCAACUUCUUCGGUAGCAACACAAUCUUCUUAUGCUACGCCAGCUCUAGGUGCGAUUAUUAGUAAUCCAACUCCAUUAGCAAGUAGUGUUCCAGGUAUCGCGGCUGCGAACAUUGCAUCAGGUGUACCUAUAACGACACCUCCACAAACUCCUCGAAGUGCUAGUGGUUCAGUAGCUGGUAUUAAACGACCAGGUGAUGCAAGUGAAAGUGAAAAAGAAGAUGUUACAGCAGGACAUGAAAAGAAAAAGAGAAGAAUUGCACCUACUCAAAUCUCUUCUUUAACGAAUGCUGGAAGUGGAAAACCUUGA